AUGGCACGCACCCGCAGCGCUGGUCGCAAGCGACUUCUGGUCGUCCCUGAAAAGAGUUUGGACGCUCGUGGUAUUUCGACCCAAGGUCGAGCAGGUGGAAAAGACGAGCGACUAGAGUAUCUCCUCCUGCGCAUCUCUUCUUCCAUGCCCAAACACGUUCGAUCAUCAUCUUCCCAAGCCGAGGUGUCGAGAGAGACCACCGAGAACCUCUACGAGUUGGGUCUACUCAAUCGUCCUCGCUCUCGUCAAAGGGCCGGUGCCACCACCGACGCCAGCAGGUCAGCGCAGUACCAACCUCCACGAGCGAGACACGACACCUAUAAUCAUCGCACUGGCCCCUCAUCGACCACCGGCGGCACCUCUCAAAAUUUCAAGCAGUCCAGCAUCUCCUCCGGCACCUUAGGAAGACCUCAUACUCCCAACGACCAUCGCCCGCGAACGAGGGAUCAACGUAUCCCGCCUUCACCCACCGCAAGCGUCCCAGGAGCUGGGCAUCCCAUGGCAGGCAUGCUCGACUCGGAUCGCGCUCGUUCACGGCGGGACAGAACCUUUGUCGGUGGUGAGUGCGCCGCCUGUGAAGAGUUAUUGGAGCACACCCUGCGAGGAGAAAGAGUUCUCCAGUUCUCUUGCGGUCACGUAGCUCACGAGGCAUGCUUUUACGAAUAUAUUCGUGACUCGGAUUCUCAAUACUGUCCAACAUGUGAUGCUCCUCUCAGCCUGGAUUCCUUCCGUGGCGGAAGUAUCCUGGACCUCAGCAAAUUGAGCAACAUGGUGAGAGCCGUGGCACAGAAGGACCUCAACUCUCCGAGAAGCUCCGCAAAUACCCCCAUGCCGUGGGAUCGACAAACUACGCAGGAUGAUACCAACAGUACCCGUGAGGAUACCAGCAACCGACAUAGUCGCGAGAAUUCCAACCGAGACAGCCGAGACAGCCAACGAAUGAGAAUAGAACGCCUCGGGAUUGGUCAUUCAGCUCAGCCUUCUUUACAGCCAUCCCAACAUGGGUCGAUAAUACAGCCAUCUCAACACGGCGGAUCUAUUCAUGCUCCACACCACUCCCAUGCACGAACUGAUAGCGGUGGUAAUGCCUCAAGCGAUUUCGCCAAUGAUCACACACAAUCCCGAAAACAUGAUUACGAUCUCCACGCCAUGGAGACAAGUGUGCGAGGAGCCACAAUCAAGGACAAUAAACAAUCCAUUCCCUCACCUAUUGUCACGGUCCGGAGUGAAUACCCAACCUUGACGAGAUCUCGACAACAACAAACUCUUACCUGCCUGGUGACGAUCGAAGUUCCUGAAGGCAAAUGGCACCCCCAAUUUGACGAUGCUCAGAGCACACCACCAGUGCCGACUCUUCCUCCUGACUCCGGUAUCAGCAUUCCAUCGAAAUCGUCCCGAUCCGAACUUCCACCUAUCAUGCCCUACGAGUCGCCUGAAAUUCUCGAGGAAAUCACAGAGGAAUUGCGCAUCCGUGUGGAUAAUUGGCACGGAUUGGAGUUCCAAAGAUUUGGUAAACUUCGAUUGCACGACACUGUUAGAGUGGGGAAAGAUCGUCAUUCGUGGCAGGAACUUGAAUGUUAUCUGUUUGGGGAAAUGCUUAUCUGUGUGAAGGAGAAGAAGAAUGCACAACCCCCUCUAAUCAGUUCCUCGGGCCGUCGGCUUUCUCGGUGUACCUUGAAAGGCUCAAUCCUCAUCAAGAAGCAUCUCAGACAGGUUCAUGCAUCUCCCGAUGAGUCGAUAUUGACUUUGAAUCUCUCAGUCGCCGAACUGCCAACGUUUCAUCUCUUGUUUGCAGAAAGAUCCCAACUGGAACAGUGGCAGCGAUCCCUGAGAGAUUUACACUCGGUCGAUGAUUCAUCCCGCUAUAACUUGGAUUACGAGCAAGACACCUCCGGCACCGAUGAGGAAGAAUAUGGCCGACAGAACCGAACGGUACGAAGAGUUCCCUCUGUCGCUUCCUCUUAUGGAGGGCCGAAAUCUGCAACCACCGCUGCAACCGAGUAUUCGACUCAUAAACUGGUGACUGAUCGAAGAGUUCCACCCUCGUUACAUGUUCCGGUCGAUGUUGUCAUUGUCAUCCCUGUGUCAUCCUCUAUGCAAGGCCUCAAAAUCACGUUAUUGAGAGAUACUCUGCGGUUCCUUGUCAACAACCUUGGAGAUCGUGACAGGAUGGGAUUGGUCACGUUCGGCUCCAGUGGUGGAGGCGUUCCUGUUGUUGGUAUGACCACGAAAACCUGGCCUGGCUGGAAUAAAGUUCUCAAUUCAAUUCGUCCCGUGGGUCAAAAAAGCCUUAGAGCAGAUGUUGUUGAGGGCGCAAAUAUGGCCAUGGAUCUUUUGAUGCAGCGAAAAGCCGCCAACCCUAUCUCGACAAUCCUCCUGAUCAGCGAUUCCUCAACAUCUGAAAGUGAUAGUGUCGACUUCGUCGUGCAGAGAGCUGAAGCUGCCAAGGUCGGGAUUUAUUCAUUUGGCCUUGGGUUGACCCACAAGCCUGACAGCAUGAUCGAACUAUCUAGUCGCACAAAGGCAUCUUAUCUCUACGUCAAAGACUGGAUGAUGCUCAGAGAGUGCGCCGCCGGAGUUUUGGGGGCUCUUCAAUCAAUCUCUCACCAAAAUGUGAAGCUUAAACUUAAGCUCCCUGAGGGCUCGCCUGCCAAGUUCGUCAAAAUUAACGGUGCUCUACAAACCACCAAGAGAGCCACUGGCAGGGAUGCCGAAGCAACUUUAGGAGAUCUGCACUUCGGAGACAAACGAGAUAUCUUGGUGCAACUUGUGAUUGACCCUGACACUGGUACUCAAGACCCGGCUCCACAAGACCCCUGGGAGUCGAUUGUGUCAGGAUUGGAGGCGCUCGGAGGUUCGCUGGAUAACGAGGACCAACGCGUGCAAAGCGUGGAGGAAUUGCCUCUCCUCCAGGCUGACUUGGCCUAUGGGGACCUCCUCCGCGAUGGCUCAAUUAUGCAGCUACCCCGACCUUCCCUACUUGCCAUUACCAUGCUUCCAGCCAAUGCUCGUUCUCGGCAGAACGGAAGACCGCCAACGCCACCCAUUCCCCCGCAUCCACAUAUCGUACAGCGAAGGAUGGAACUAUUGACUUCGGACAUGUUGAGCCGAGCAUUGACCUUGGUCGCACGAGGGCAACACGAACGGGCACAGCAUCUCCUGAACGAGACGAGGACAAUUCUCAAAGGAUUGGGUAAGGGGGGACUGCCUCCGCUGCCUCCCAAUGCCACGAGCAAGAGACACACCCCUCCGGCCAAAUCGUCCAGCCCGCGAGCCGAAACGCCAGACCAUCAUCGUGAUCAUAGUCCUCAUUCUGAUGCGAGCACACCGAUCCCCCGCACGACUGGCGUCGACCACAAUGCCAUGAAUGCCCUCGAUGCUGAUAUCGAGUCCAGCUUGGAAUGGAUCAGUCAUCCUGCGGUGUUCUCUCGAGAUUCUCGCAAGGCUGUGCUGCAGGCCAUUGGUGUAAUCUCAUCCCAACGAGCCUAUACUUUUCGCACCGCCUCCGAGUCCAUCUGGGCAGAACGCGUCGCCGGCAUCAAGCGACUCACCGAACACUCGAGAGAUUGGAGAGAAGCUGGUGAUGAUGCACUCACUGAAGAAUAA